AAAGCGGAAAUGCAUACAGGACAAGGAAAUUUCAGGAAAUGUACUAACAAUGAAUCUUUAAAAGUUCAUUUGUUUUAGUAGCGAUGGCAAGGAUUUGAUUUUAUAGAAUGGUAAAAUCGUACGUUAAGUAUAUGUGUUGUCAAAGCAAGUAUACAUACGAACCAUCUAGGCAACAAAACUUCGUUAUGAUACUGUUCUGUAGCUUGACAGACUUACAAGUUUUGCUCAAAAGCUUAGCUAACAUGCAGUCAAGUUUCCUAGCCAACACUAGCUUUCAAUGUUGACUAUAUCAUGCUAUUACAAGAUAUUGCUAUCUAUCUAUCUGCUUAAACAAUUUGGCUAGCUUUCUGUCCUCACUACACUAAUCCUACACUACAGUAAGUUAACGUACAUUUUUAAGUUUAGUGGACUGGAUAUGAUAGCUGGUUAACUUUACCGACGUACAUGAACCACAUGGUUCAUGCUUGGCGCUUACGUCAACACCUUAGAUUAUAAUUUAGUUAACCUACCACUACUACUUUCUGGGCAUAUUGAUUGUAUAGCUAACACAAACUGACUAAAUCGAAUUGGCAAAUUGUUUACUAACGUUGAUCUUAGUAACGAUAGUCAAACCAACUUAGUCAACUGCCCAGUUGAGUUUAGCAACCUGUUCCACCUCCGCACUUGUUACGGUUACUACGAUAUCUAACGUUAAUGAAAUAUGAUCCGAAAUUGUCAGGCGACGACAUUGGCAAGGUGUGCGCAUCAUUGCUGUUAGGUGAAUAGCCAAAGGCAAUGGUGACCAGACUGAUGACACUGAUAGUUGUGUCUUUGUGUGGGAGAGGAAGAGGAAGAUGACAGUGUGCAGUUAAAGGAAUGAGCUGAUUGCCAUUCGACCAGAGGGAACUGCAUUUGAGAAGCGGACAAAAUGCCCCGAAGGAAACAAUCCAAUCCACAGCCAGUAAAAUUGGAGUAUGAGGAUGGCAUUACGGUGGGGAAUCCAGACACCCUGGUGCUGGAGAGCAACCUGCUGCUGGGACAGGACCUGGAAUUCGGAGAGGCCGACUUCAAGAUCAUCGGCUUCGACAGAGACUCAGACUGUGUGUCUGGGGACAUGGGCAUGGCCGUGUAUUCCCUGAGCGACGAGGACUGCGGCAGCUACAAGCAGCUCAGCCUGGGCAGCGAUGUGGACGAGCUGCGUGACCCGACCAGCGACCACACCUUUCGGCCCCACCUCAGCUGCAGGGGGUGCGGGGAGGCUCUGGACGAGCCCGACCAGCCCCUGUGCCUCCACUGCGGAGUCCUCGCCCACUCGGGGACAGGCCGCAGGUCUGCAGGUGGCAUCGCUCAGGUGACGAAUGCCCAAAACGAAGGUCGCCUCCGAACGCGGAGACGAAACAAGCCGGCCAAGACGGCGUCCGCUGGCACCGCCGCCUCCGCCCAUGCCGCGGGCACCUCCCGCAAGAGCUUUGCAUGCCAGCUGUGCGCCUUCACCUCGCGCUACUCCAACCACCUGAAGCGGCACAUGAAGACGCACAACGGCGAGAAGCCGUACCAGUGCCCGCGCUGCCCGUACGCCUCGGCUCAGCUGGUCAACCUCCAGCGCCACACGCGCACGCACACGGGCGAGAAGCCCUACAAGUGCGCGCAGUGCGCCUUCGCCUGCAGCUCGCUGGGCAACCUGCGCCGGCACCAGCGCUUGCAUGCCGAGGAGCGCCCGCACACCUGUGGCCAGUGCAGCUACCGCGCUGGCAGCAGCGUCAGCCUCAAGAGGCACAUGGCUACGCACAAGGGCAGCGGCAGUGGAGAGGAGACCACUGAGGAUGGGGUGAUGUCAGACUUUAUGCUCUCCAUCAGCAGCAGUGACGCUGACUUCCUGCACUCUUACGAGGGCUUGCAGGAGGACCAGCCCCCGCCCAGCCUGUUGGAGCCUGGAGCCGAGGAGGGUGGGGGGGGGGAGGAGGAGGAGGAGGUAGCGUCCGUCCUCCUCGAGUGGCGUCCAUCUUGCGAGCUCGACCCAGGCCAGCCCUUGCCGCUGGCGGCCCCACCCUGCGCCUCUUCCGCCAAGCACCCCCUGGAGGAGCCCCCGCAGCAGACGCCCGAGCCUCCGGCCGCGGCCCAGCCCGAGCGGCUCUACACGUGCCCGGUGUGCCCGUUCUCCAGCCACUACCCCAACCACCUGGCGCGCCACCGCAAGACGCACAGCGGCGAGAAGCCGUACGGCUGCCCGCACUGCCCGUACGCCUCGGCGCACCUGGACAACCUCAAGCGGCACCUGCGCGUGCACACGGGCGAGAAGCCGUACGCGUGUGCCCGCUGCGACUACGCCUGCGGCAACCUGGCCAACCUGCGGCGGCACGAGCGCAUCCACACGGGCGCCAAGCCCUUCCAGUGCCCGCUGUGCCCGUACAGCUGCAACCAGAGCAUGAACCUCAAGCGGCACAUGCUGCGCCACAACGGGCACAAGCCACACCGCUGCCCGCUCUGCAACUACACCACGGGCCACUGGGACAACUACAAGCGGCACCAGAAGAAGCACAGCGGGGGCAUGACCAUGCCACAGGGCUGGCCUCAGAGCCACCCAGAGCAGCAGCAGGAGAUGGAGGAAGAGGAGGAGGAGGAGGUGUAGCACAGAUGAGGGCACUGAAUCUCAGGCACACACACCUGUACACAAACACACACACAUGUACACAUGUACACACACACACACACACACUUGCACUUACCUUAAGACACUCCGGAGAAUACUGUUUAACGUGCACAGGUGAACACUCACUCUGACAUAAGCACACACACUGACUCACUUAUUUUCUUAAUCUCUGAGAACUGUAAAUAAACCUAUUUUGUGUAUGAUU